GGGGAGGGGAGGUUAGAAUGAGGUUAUUCCAAUGAAUCUUACAAAGUAAAGGGACUAAAGAUUUACACGCAGUUAUACCAAGUUUCCAGGAACAGGUGAUAGGUAUACCUAUGGUAGGAAACCUUGAAAACUAAUGCCAGUUUCAUCGUUACCUACUUAUGCUAGACAUGGAGCGUAAGAUCUCGUUUACUUCCUUUUCUUUCCUUCAAGGUAUUGGAGUCAUAUUAGGCAGGUAAGUAUUACAUACUAGGUAGGCAGGCUGGCAGGCUUGGAGCUUAAAGCUUAGCACGUAACAGUCUUAAGGUGCAUGUGGAGUUUAGAUGACAAAGCUGGAGGCUUUCAAUGCUUAUUAGUAACUACCUACACGAAACCUCUUGUUCGGUUAAGUUACCCCACAAUAGUAUUCGAAUUUCAUCGACUUCCUCGAGAUUCACUAUAUCUUUACUCCAUACUCUAUCAGUCAAUGAUGGCCACGCAACUCCCAUCGAAGCUCCUCAUCAUCGGAGCGACUGGCAAUAUUGGGAAACAUAUUGCCAACGCCGUCAUCUUUGCAGAACCUCGUAUCGCAUCACAGAUUCUCGUUUUGACUUCGUUGGCCACAGCAUCUAGUCCAGAAAAGCAGACCCUACUAUCAUCUUGGAAGUCUCAGGGGGUUUCGGUCAUCACAGGUGAUAUCAGCAGUGCUGAUGAUGUCCGGAACGCCUACAGUGGCGUCGAUACGGUCAUCUCUUGCUUGGGGAGAAAUGCAAUAGCCAGCCAAAUUGAGCUACUCAAGCUCGCGGAAGCGAGCAAAGAUGUGAAAUGGUUCUUCCCUAGUGAAUACGGCACCGACAUCGAAUAUAAUGCCUCGAGCAAGGACGAAGAACCGCACCAAAACAAGCUCAGAGUGAGAGAGUUCAUCCGUGAUGACGUGAAGAGGAUCAAGUGUACCUACAUCGUCACCGGCCCGUACCCUGAAAUGUACCUGACGCUUAGCCCAGCGGCUCCAGAAGCUGGGGGCUUUGAUCUGAAGUCUAAGAAAGCAAUAAUAGUUGAAUCGGGUGAGGGGAAGAUCGGAUUCACAAGCAUGCCCGAUGUUGGUAAGCUUGUCGCCGCAGCUCUUCGGAGCCCUGAGGUAUCAAUGGGGAAAGUUCUCAAGGUCCAAUCAUUCGUGACGACCCCAAAUGCUAUUGUAGAGGAACUCGAGAAGCAAACAGGGACGAAUUGGUCAGUUCAGCAUAGAUCGAUGGAGAGCCUCCGGAAGGUCGAGAAAGAGAGCUGGAAUAGUAAUAAUCCACUUGCCACACUAUACACCCUAAGACGCAUAUGGGCAGAGGGUGGCACAUUAUACGACAAGACAGACAACGAGCUAUUAGGUCUUACACCCGAGGACAUGGAGUCAUUGAGUACUAUUGUAGAGAGAGCUGUGAAUGGGAAAGGGCACUAAGGUUAACUUAGAGGUAGGGAGACGCGUGAUUAGCAAGUCCAAUAAAUUUCACCUCAAUAAUCCCACAUAAUGAAUAAUGUAUUCAAUAGGUAUAUAGCUUUAGUUAUCCAGUGCAUGCAUUUAUCGUAA